UCCGCCCGGUCGGGUCCUCUCUGCACACCCGCACGCCGCCCGGCUGGGGACCGUCGGUGGUCCCCCCAGGCCCCUCCGAGCGCCCCCGAUGAAGCCCUGCGCGUCCCUGUCAGGCGCGCAGCGUCGUGCUCGGGGCUGCGUGGCGCUCUGGGUGCUGCUGUUGGCUCAGGCACCUGCGUGCGCCGUGGGAUCCGCGCACGGGAGCCCGAGCGUCCCGCAUCCUCCCUCUCCCGAGGAGCUGCCGGGCUGGAUGGAAGCGGGCGAAUUUGACCUGGUCUCUGCCUACGAGGUUGACCACAGGGGAGAGCCCAUGUCCCGCGAGAUCAACCCUCAUCAGCGACGCAGGAGGGCGGCCGCCCAGUUAGGAGCUGACUCUCUUCACCUUCACCUGAAAGGCUCCAAACACGAUUUCCACAUGGAUUUGAGAACUUCCAGCAGCCUCGUGGCUCCAGGAUUUAUCAUGCAGACCUUGGGGAAGGGAGGCACCAAGUCUGUGCAGACUCUGCGGCCGGAGGACUUCUGUUUCUACCAAGGCUCUGUGCGAGCCCACAGAAAUUCCUCCGUGGCCCUUUCGACCUGCCAAGGUUUGUCAGGCAUGAUAAGAACCGAAGAGGCAGAUUACUUCCUCCAGCCGCUCCCUGUGCACCUCCAGGGGAAGCUGCGCGGCGCUGUGCGGGGCGGGCCACCCUCCCACGUCCUGUACAAGCGCUCCGCCGACACCCAAGCUCCCCGGGCUGCCCAGCGCGUGGUGACCACCAGGACGUGGGCUCCGGCCAGUCAACCCCUGCACGGUGGCAGCCUCCAGCUCAGGCACCCACAGAAGCAGCAUUUCUGUGGAAGACGCAAGAAAUACAUGCCCCAGCCACCCAGUGAAGACCUCUUUUUCCUGCCUGACGAGUACAAGUCUUGCGUCCGGCAGAAGCGCUCGCUCCUGAAGUCCCACAGGACUGAAGAGCUGAACGUGGAGACGCUGGUGGUAGUCGACAAAACGAUGAUGCGAAACCACGGUCAUGAAAACAUCACCACCUAUGUGCUGACCAUCCUCAACAUGGUGUCUGCUUUAUUCAAAGAUGGAACAAUAGGAGGAAAUAUCAACAUUGCAAUUGUAGGUCUGAUUCUUCUAGAAGAUGAACAGCCGGGGCUAGUGAUAAGCCACCACGCGGACCACACCUUGACUAGUUUCUGCCAGUGGCAAUCUGGAUUGCGGGGGAAAGAUGGGACCCGCCAUGACCAUGCCAUCUUACUGACCGGUCUGGAUAUCUGCUCCUGGAAGAAUGAGCCCUGUGAUACUUUGGGAUUUGCACCCAUAAGUGGAAUGUGCAGCAAAUACCGCAGCUGCACGAUUAAUGAAGACUCAGGUCUCGGACUGGCCUUCACCAUCGCCCACGAGUCUGGACACAACUUUGGCAUGGUCCACGAUGGAGAAGGGAAUAUGUGUAAAAAGUCAGCGGGCAGCAUCAUGUCCCCGACAUUAGCCGGUCGGAAUGGAGUCUUCUCCUGGUCACCCUGCAGCCGCCAGUAUCUGCACAAAUUUUUAAGCACGGCUCAGGCAGUGUGCCUGGCUGACCCACCUAAGCCCGUGACGGAAUACAAGUACCCUGACAAGCUGCCUGGACAGCUGUAUGACGCAAACACGCAGUGCAAGUGGCAAUUCGGAGAGAAAGCCAAGCUCUGCAUGCUGGACUUCAAAAAGGACAUCUGUAAAGCUCUGUGGUGCCACCGGAUUGGGAGGAAAUGUGAAACUAAAUUUAUGCCAGCAGCAGAAGGCACCGCGUGUGGGUACGACAUGUGGUGCCGUGGAGGGCAGUGCGUGAAGUAUGGUGAUGAAGGCCCAAAGCCCACCCAUGGCCACUGGUCAGACUGGUCUCCUUGGGCCCCGUGCUCCAGGACCUGCGGGGGAGGCGUGUCCCACAGGGACCGUCUCUGUUCCAAUCCCAGACCUUCGCAGGGAGGGAAGUUUUGCGUGGGCUCACCUCGUACCCUGAAGCUUUGCAACAGUCAGAAAUGUCCCCAGGACAGUGUUGACUUCCGCGCGGCUCAGUGUGCUAAGCACAACAGCAGGCGGUUCCGAGGGCGGCACUACACGUGGAAGCCGUACACACACGUGGAAGAUCAGGACUUAUGCAAACUCUACUGUAUCGCAGAAGGAUUUGAUUUCUUCUUUUCUUUGUCAAAUAAAGUCAAAGAUGGGACUCCAUGCUCGGAGGAUAGCCGUAAUAUUUGUGUAGAUGGGAUAUGUGAGAGAGUUGGCUGUGACAAUGUCCUUGGGUCUGACGCUGUUGAAGAUGCCUGCGGGGUGUGCAGGGGGAAUAACUCAGACUGCACGACUCACAGGGGCCUGUACACCAAGCAUCACCACACCAACCAGUAUUAUCACGUGGUCACCAUUCCUUCUGGAGCCCGGAGUAUCCGCGUCUAUGAAAUGAACGUAUCUACCUCCUACAUCUCUGUUUGCAAUGCCCUCAAAAGAUACUACCUGAAUGGGCACUGGACCGUGGACUGGCCUGGCCGAUACAAGUUUUCCGGCACUGCCUUCAACUACAGACGGUCCUAUAACAAGCCCGAGAGCCUAAUCUCUCCUGGACCCACCAAUGAGACGCUGAUAGUGGAGCUUCUGUUUCAGGGCAGGAACCCGGGCAUUGCCUGGGAAUACUCGGUGCCUCGGUCGGAGGCCGAGAAGAAGCCCAUUACUCAGCCCCACUACACAUGGGCUGUGCUGCGCUCCGAGUGCUCCGUCUCCUGUGGAGGGGGGCACAUGACCACAAGAGAGGGCUGCUACAGAGACCUGAAGUUUCCCGUAAAUACAUCCUUCUGCAAUCCCAAGACUCGCCCUGUCACAGGGCUGGUGUCCUGCAGAACAGCUGCCUGUCCUCCCAGCUGGUCGGCGGGGAACUGGAGCGCCUGCAGCCGAACGUGUGGCGGGGGCGUCCAGACCCGGACCGUGCGCUGCACGCGGCGCGCUCCCCACCACGCAGAGCCGGUCCCCGCCGGCCUGUGCCCGCAGCCCGCGCCCCCAGGUCGCCAGGCCUGCAACCCGCAGCGCUGCCCGCCGGCCUGGAGCACCGGGCCCUGGGCCGAGUGCUCCCGAACCUGCGGGAAGGGCUGGAGGAAGCGCGUGGUGACCUGUAAGAGCACCGACCCUGGGCCCAAAGCGCAGCUGCUGCCGGACGCCGCCUGUACCUCAGAGCCCAAGCCCAGGACGCACGAGGUCUGCCUGCUGCAGCGCUGCCAUGGCCACAAGAAGCUGCAGUGGCUUGUGUCUGCCUGGUCCCAGUGCCCUGUGACAUGUGAAAGAGGAACGCAGAAACGUUUCUUACGGUGUGCGGAAAAGUACGUUUCUGGGAAGUAUCGAGAGCUGGCCUCCAAGAAGUGUUUGCAUCUGCCCAAGCCCGACCUGGAGCUGGACCGCGCCUGCGCCCUGUUUCCAUGCCCCAAGCACCCCCUGUAUGCAGCCUCGGCCCCCUCAAGGGGCAGCUGGUUUGCCUCACCCUGGUCUCAGUGCACAGCCAGCUGUGGGGGUGGCGUCCAGACCAGGUCCGUGCAGUGCCUGGCUGGGGGCCGGCCAGCAUCGGGCUGCAUCCUGCACCAGAAGCCCACAGCCUCCCUGGCCUGCAACACCCACUUCUGCCCCAUAGCAGAGAAGAAAGACGCCUUCUGCAAAGACUCCUUCCACUGGUGCUACCUGGUGCCCCAGCACGGAAUGUGCACCCACAAGUUCUAUGGCCGCCAGUGCUGCAGAGCCUGCUCCAAGUCCAACCUGUGAGCCACCAGCUCCCCAUGCACGAGCGCACCUGCAGGGCAGGGGUGCCCACAAAAGGACCUAUGCCUUCUCCACUGGAACACAUCCCAGGAAGACCCAUGCAGGAAGAAAAAAGACUGAGGCUCUCUUCCCAAGAGUGUGGUGUGUACUCGUGUCGCCCCUGAGCCUGAGGGCACACCUGUGCCCAUGUGCACAGCUGCGGUGUGGCAGACAGAGGGGGCCCAUGGAGCAGGAGGUGGGAUGCUUGCCCUCACUGGCCCCACAGCCAAAUCAAGAAAGACACUUGGAGGCCAACUUGCUAAACACUAAACAUCCGAUGCUUUAUACUAAGAAGGAAAGUCCAUGAAAUAAGGAAAUGUACAAAUACCUGCCCCUGAGUGAGUCAGCCCCUGCUCCCAUGUGGGAGGCCGCUGGCGGUCAGGGAUGACCAGUGAGAGGGGGGCAGGAGCCAGGAGCUCCAGGGCUGCCCCAUGCUCUGCCUGCAACCCAGCUGCAUUUUUUGUCCCUCACAGGGACCUGGAGCUGCCGUAGAGCUGGUGUCAUCUCUAGGGGCACCUGCCAGGGGCUGCAUUUGGCUCUGGGACUUAGCAUAUGGAAAUGGAAAAAAAUGAAAUCCUUGCUACAGCGCUCCUGUCCACUUCAGAUUCUUGAGAUAGGGGACAGACUUUUGAUAUCUUCUGUUUUAUCUUUCUCAGUUAUUUGCAAGCGAGUGUUCCCGUUGAAAUCAAUUCCUUAACGCUUUUCUUUACAAAACAGCGGUUGAGAUGUAUAGUUUACGUUACAGCCCUGCGAUCUUAAGAGUCGUUCUCCUGUAACAGACAGGAGCCACCUAGCCAACGUGGUAAUAACCUUAGAGUCCCAAGUGUUAUUUUGUGUGUUGUAAGGUUUGUAAAAUUUUCUCCCUAAGUUUGUUCACGUCUGCAUUGCCGGCUGAGAAGGAAGGUCAGGGAUGCUGGGUAGUGAGCUGCCACAGGCCCCAGCAUCCCGGCAUGUUUGGUGCUGGUUUUCUCACACCUCUCCUGUGGCCUGGCUCUGAUCUGAUGAGUACCUGGAUAUUUAUAUUUACUGAAGUUUUAUAAUA